UGCCAGCAUGACCCUACUGCAGCUGGACCCUUCUCACAGAUACCGUUGAUUAUUCAAAUAAACAUAAACGUUGCGCGUUGCUUACGUCAAAUCCGGGAUCUUUAUGAGUGGUGUUUGUGCUUGCCUGAGCGAGCAUAUGAGAGAAAGUUUCUUUCUGGCAAAACACUCGUUAAUAACGAUCACCCGUAGGGGUUAACGCGUUUUGCGGCGUCUGUAACUAUUUUAGUUAAUGGUCUCAACAGUACUUUCCAACAAUGACCAAUGUAAACGCAUGUUGUGCAGCUCUGUUUCGGUCGGUAUUUCGACACCGUCAGACGCAUCUGAACAAUGGCUCAUACAGGAGAACAUGGAGUUGCAGAGAGUUCCAUGUUGCAGCACCUGUGGCAGCAUAUGACCUGAGAAAAGUGGAGCUGACCCCGCUGGAACAGAGAAAACUGACAUUUGACUCUCAUGCAAUGGUCACAGAGCUAGGGAGCAAUGGUUUUGAGAAGCGUCAAGCAGAGAUCAUAGUAGCAGCUCUGGUGACUCUGACGACGGCCAAUAUGGAUAUAGUGUAUAAAGACAUGGUGACUGGAGCACACCAGGAGAUUGCUCUGCAGCAGAUAAUGGCUCACCUGGAUUCCAUCAGGAAAGACAUGGUGAUACUGGAGAAGAGUGAGUUUGCCAACCUUCGCUCUGAGAAUGCCAAAAUGAAGACUGAGUUGGAUCAGAUAAGGAACAGGCUGAAGGAGGAGUGUAUGAAGAUCCGAGCUGAGGCUAAGCUGGAUAUCAACCUGGAGAGGAGCAGGGUCACUGACAUGUUUACAGAGCAGGAAAAGAAGCUUAUGGAGAACAGUACAGAAUUUCACAGGAAGAACGCUGAUAUUGAACACGACACAAUGGAGACUACUAAAAAGAUUGAUCUAGAGGUUGCCUAUCUGAAAACACUCCUUGAGUCACUGAAGCUGGAGACCAUACGCUAUCUUGCAGCAUCCGUUUUCGCCUGCCUAGCGAUUACCUUGGGAUUUUACCGCCUUUGGAAGUGAUGAACUGCUGAUUUGUUCAUUUGAAGCCUCACAUUGAUUACAUUGUACUUGCAUGGUAAUGUAGAAGUCUUCAUAUAUGUAUUCAUGGCUUGUGUUAUAAUUUUUAUGUAUUUCUAAUUUUAAAUGACUGUGUAGAACAAAGUGUAAGACUGUAUUUACACACCAGACACUAUUAGGUCAACCUAUCUAGAAUCGGGUAGGACCCCUUUUUACAUCUAUCCAGUAGGUCAGCAGUUUCUGAGAUGUUUGAAUGUCUAGCAAAAAAAAAAAAAUACCACAGGCAAAGUUUCAUUGGUCAUGCAUCUUCCCCGUUCUAAUUGCUAGACAAACAACUACAUUUCUAUUGAGUUGCAGCCAAAUUAUUUGCUGUUUGGCCCAUGAUUUUCAUUAAUAACCACAUGUACUUAAUGAAGUGGAUGGCAAGUGUGUUUGGCAACUGGCAGCUUCAUUAAAUCGUACCCGCAAAACCCCAGUCUCAAUGUCAACAGUGAAGAGGCAACUCCGGGAUGCUGGCUUUCUAGGCAGAGUUGCAAAGAAAAAGACAUCUCACACGGGCCAAUAAAAAUAAAAGAUUAAGAUGGAUCAAAGAACACAGAUACUGACAGAGGAAGAUUCGGGGGAGAAGGCCAGCAUCCCGGAGUCGCCUCUUCACUGUAAACAUUGAGACUUGUUUUGCGGGUACAAUUUAAUGAAGCUGCUAGUUUAGGACCUGUGAUGUCUGUUUCUCAAACUAGACAUUCUAAUGUAUUUGUCCUUUUGCUCAGUUGUGCACCAGGUUUAGAGACAUUAGAGACAGUUUGGGCUGUCCUGUGAAGGGAGUAGUACACAACGUUGUACGAGAUCUUAAGUUCAAUGGCAAUUUCUCAUAUGAAAUAUGCUUCAUUUCUCAGAAAAAGAAUAGACUGAUGACUUUCAGAAGAAAGUUCUUUGUUUCUGGCCAUUUUGAGCCUGUAAUUGAAACCCACAAUUACUGGUGCUUCAGGUUCUCAACUAGUCCUAAGAAGGUCAGUUUUAUUGCUUCUUUAGUCAGCACAACAGUUUUCAGCUGUGCUAACAUAAUUGCAAAAGGGUUUUCUAAUGAUCGCAUAGCCUUUUAUAUUGAUAUACUUCAGCAAAAACACAAUGUGAUUAGCAAACACAACAUCUCAUUGGAACACAGGACUGAUGGUAGCUGAUAAUGAACCUCUGUUUGCCUGUAUGUAGAUAUUCCAUUAAAAAUCAACCGUUUCCAUCUUACAAUAGUUAUUUACGGCAUUAAGAAUGUAUACACUGUAUUUCUGUAGUUGUCCCAUCUUCAUUAAAUUGUGACACCAGUAAAAGUCAAUUGUCAAAUCUUCUUGGGAAAAUUAAAGAUUUGUAUUUUAUUUCUGUUAUUCCAUAUUAGACACCUAUGGAAGUGAAGUUAUGUUUGUAUAUAAUCAACCAUGAUAAUAAAGGUUGCUCAUGGAAA